CGGCACAAAACGGAAAUAGAUUCUGGUAUUGAAACAGGUAAUCAAAAUCAUUGGAAAUGAAAUCAACGAAAAGAUUUGAACGAAAAACAGGAGCAACAUCUACUUGUUCAGACAAUUCGCUUAAUAUCGGGAGAGAAAAUGAGUACAAUUCUCGAAAUAUUUCGGAGACAGGCUGGAAGGAUACUCGUGUAACAGAAACAAGAACAUCUGCAAUUUCUGAUUCUGGAAGAAAAAUGAAUACAAAUGUUACAAGAGACUACGUAAGAAAAUCUGAGAAGGAAUGUCAGCAACAAAACGGCGUCCGAAUAACGCAAAGAAAUUUCCUGUCAAAGGCGGAGUUUCCCGAUGUUCAGUCUGCCGCUAGCAUUAAAGACAUAAAUAAGAUCGACAAGUCAUAUCACAGAAACGGACAAAUGAAACGGCAUUCUACAAACAAAGUCGCAAAAUUUAAACCAUUCGACGCUAACAAAGCGCCGGCCAACUUUCAGAAUUGUAACAUGAUUGUAAACAGUCAAAAAUGUCGCCAAAAUUUUCAAAAUUGUAACCCAGGAAUGAUGAAUGGACAGCAGUUUUAUACUGCACAAGGACCGGUCAUGUACCAGUAUAUACCACCGCAAGAAUACGGACAGGCACCUCAACCCAUUAUGAAAAUGUACGUACCAAGUGUGAACGCGGCUUUGCAUCCUACUGGUUCCUCCGCGACUGCUGUAGCACCAAAUGGAGAAAAGAUAUUUAUACCAUUAGACGACAGCAGGUAUGAAAUCAAGCGAAGCAACCACGAUCUGUACGAAAUGCCUCAAGAUUGUGAUUUGUACCCCUUGUCUUCAGAAGGCAAUUUUGAAAGCAACGUCCAGGUACAUUCUCCAAGACCGAUUGAUAUUCGAGGUAGUUUAUCCGAUGAAUGGAGUGGCUCGAGUCAGGAUGGACCUUACAGUGAAACUGAAAGUGAACACGACACUGAACUAGAGACUGAAACAGAUGCAUCCGAAGUAGCUAACAACUUUGUGGCAGAUGUUUUAAAAACGAUAACUGAAAGUGUAGAAAACUUGGCUUUUCAGAGUUCUGAAGGUCAGGAUAGAUCUAAUGCCGAAGGUACAAAUACAGUAGAACAAGUGUCGUGUGAAAAUAAUGAAAAUAAUGUCACAGAUAUCGAAACAUUUAAAGAGUUACCAAUGAAAUGCGUUCAACCAAAGAAAGAGGAUUUUGAUUUGAAGGAAAUUCUUGUACAGACUAACAAGCCUAAUGAAACACAAAUAACAGCUAUUGGCAGUUCUAGUUCUGAAACUGACGAACCAAUCACUAAAAAACGGGCUAAAGUCAAUAACGAAUCAAAAGGUCUUGAGGAAAAAAGUAAAAAAUUAGAGGCGUUAAAGGGAAAUAAAAAGCCUAAGAAUAAAAAGCCACACGCGUGGAAGGAGAACAGAAAAGAAAAACAGGACAAAACUAAAACAAAUAACAGACAUGAAGUAACAGUAGAAUCAACAAACGAGAGAAAGGUUUAUGUGGAUGGGGGCGAACGUGAUACAGAAAACUCACUAAACGAGUGUGCAGGAAAUAGUCCUGCAGAAGAAUCUCAAGAUAACGUGAUUAUUGACGGGCAAGGGUAUUUCAAAACACACCAGUUACAAAAUGGCCAGUACCAACCUUACUAUACCCCAGACACUUACACUUUUGUACCGAACCAGUACCAGCAGUGCCAGUAUUCAACUGCCCCAGAAUACACUAUGUUCGUACACGAUGCAUGUCCUCCUCCGGCUCAAGAUGAAGUGUACAGCCCGGUGCAUAAAAGUCUAUCCGGGGAAGUGAAAAACAACUAUGCAUCGGUGCACCAGUCUCAGACGCUUGCCGGAGGUAACAGUCAGCAGGAGGCUUCUGCCAACGUAAGCGGAGCGUCAGAAGAACAGAUACACAGUAACACGGAGGCAGCUGUAAGUCCUGUUGUUCAUUACGAAAAUUAUUGUGCUACUAAUGGUUCAUCACCUCAUGCAUGGACAUCUUGCGAAACCCAGCCAGUCUACAACCAGUUUAGUUCUGGUACAGUGGCUAACCAAUCUGAGCAACAGUCCGAAGGUCAAGGUCAAAUUUACAUAAGUUAUGAUGAAGACAGCGUGUACGUAGAUCCGGAGAGUGGACUUUCAUACCCGGCACUGCACGUGACAGACGAUUUCCUCAUCACAGUCAUACUCCGUGAAGGCGUUUUCCUGGAAAUAACAGCUGAUAAGGUACUGAGACUUGUAAACCACGAGAAAAAACUUGUGGUCGCCAUUAAUGAAACUGGGAACAAGGCAUGCGUGAUUCAUCCCGCAGCGAGGAUCUACCAGUCUGAUUCUAACAUGCACGCAGAACUAUAUUUAGGCAGACGGGCAAAGAUGACAGAAGAAUUAGUUAUAUUCGGUAACAAACUGAAAGCAUACAAAUUUGACAAUAGAAUGGUUACAGAAAUGACAGAGGAACCCGUUUACCGCGACCUGUCACAUGAUGAAUCUGUGUCAUUCUUAUCGACAGAUGGCGCUAUCGGAAAUGAAGAAAUGAAAUUGAAAAUUGAAGAGAUCCUUGCGCAUGCUCACUUUUGGAAGAACGGAACUUCUGGAGCCGCUGUAGUCAUUAAUGGUACAAAGGUUGUGCAAAAUGAGAGAGGGGAUGUCAGCGUCUAUUGUGGACCAAUCAAAUUUCUUCGUAUGAAUCCUAAUAAAAUGAUACUGAGACUGAAAACACAGUGUAUAGAGGUUGAUAUUGAAACAAACUGGAAUGUCAAAAUAACACGUGGUGCGCAUGCGCUGAACGCUAGUCACAUGGGAUUCAUUGUGAGCAACGGGAAGAUUAAGGCGAGCUUAGACAGCAAUAACAAUUUACAUUCAUUCUCUAUGCCUGAUCACCGAUUUCUUAUGCUGGGUCAGCCAGUUUCCCAUCAUCGACCUGGUGUGCCAGGAGGACAGUGGCGUCGAACUUCAUACCGCAAAACAGAACCAGAAGGUGAUCAUUGGGGCUACGUUCGACGGCGUCCCGAUGAUGACCAGAGUCUCUUCAGAGACUGGGAGGAGGGAUGGGACUAUGACUUUAAUAAUCGGAACUGUCAUAGAAGAUGGGACCCUCAAGCCGGUCGCUGGGUAUAUCCUUCACGACCAAGACACUGGCAAGAAUACUCCUGAUUUACCGUACAAUAUCGUCUGCGACACAGCAGCAUUAGCGGUUGUUGCAAUGUUGUGAGGAGCUUUUUUACUUUAUUCGAUAUGAAAAUCAUUUCGUCUGAAUGUGUUGAAAGAAUGAAUAAAAGUUUGCGAAUA